CUGAGCCGAUCUUAAUUUUGUGGAGGAAAUUUAAUAUUAUGGGUCCAGGCCUAUAGCUAAGACGGGAUUAAUUAACAAUUAAUUAUAUUAAUUAAAUUAGACAAUUAAACAAAAAAGGGAAGGGGCACAUGACAUGAAACCUAAACGCGUUCACGUCACUUUCAAAUCGUGAAUCUGAAAAAUUUUAGAAAGCCUUGUUAAACCCAAGAAUGACGAAGGAGUCGACAUCAGUAAGUGAAGGUUUUACAUAAUUAUGAAGUGUAUAAAUAUACGGGACUAUUCCAUUAAUUGGAUAAGUUAAUUAUAUAGUUCUUUCUAACUCUGAUAAGUACAUUCAUUCGCUUUAAUACCCUUACUCAUUUACUUUCCUUAAUAAAUAAUUAUAUAUAAAAUGCAAUUCAAGACUUUAACUAUUGCCGCUUCCUUAGCCAUUGCUGCUCAAUCAGCUUCUACUGAAUUAGAUUAUGAAACUGUCACUAAUUUGUCUACUACUGAUGUCACUAUCACUUCAUGUUCUGACAAUGCUUGUGUUACCACUGUUCAACCAACUUCUUUAACUGUUGUUACUGAAACUGUUAGUGGUGUUGAAACCAUUUACACUACUUAUUGUCCACUUACUGCUGAAGAAGCUGCUGAAAGUGCCAGUUUAGCUGCUGCUGCUGUUACUCCAUCAACUACUUCAGUUGUUACUACCACUGUUAAUGGUGUUGAAACUAUUUACACUACUUACUGUCCAAUCACUGCUGAAGAAGCUGAAGAAGCCAGCGCUAGUUUAGCUGCUGCUGCCACUACUCCUUCAACCACUUCAGUUGUUACUACCACUGUUAAUGGUAUUGAAACUAUUUACACUACUUAUUGUCCAGUUUCUGCUGAAGAAGCUUCUGAAGCUGCUGAAGCUGCUACUGCCACUACUCCAGCUACUUCUGAAGCUGCUGCUGCCACUACUCCAGUUCCAGUUCCAGCUGUUGUUGCAUCAUCUGAAGCUGCUCCAGUUGCUCCAGCUUCUUCAUCUGAAGAAGUUACUUAUGUUGAUUUAACCACCACCCCAAUUGUUACUGAAUCUACUGGAGUUGAAGAAACUGAAACUGCUCAAUUAACUCUUACUUCAUAUUACCACUCUCCAUUAACUGCUUCUAAUGCUACUGUUUCUACUUAUGAAGGUGGUGCUUACUCUCCAAGAGUCGUAAUCGGUGCUGCUGGUAUCGCCGGUUUAGCUGCUGUUUUAUUAUAAGUUUAAUAUACUAACUUAUUGUUCAUAGCAUCUGGGUAUUCUGGGGUUCUAAAUAAAAUUAAAAUUUUAAAAAGUUGAUAGAGUGAUUAAUUCAUAGAACUGCGGUUUCUAGACCAUCUCCAUAUCACUUAAUUGUGUCUUUUCUUUUCUCAUCUCAUAGUUAGGGUCAUUACGUAUUCUCUUAUAUUUUUAUUUAUUAUAUUCGUUUUCAUUUUUAU